GCCAAGAUGGCGAUGGAGAUGAGGCUUCCCAAAGUUCGGAAGCCGCUCAGUGAGACCCUGGGCCGCGACUCCAAGAAACACCUGGUGGUGCCGGGGGACACGAUCACCACCGACACGGGCUUCAUGCGGGGCCAUGGAACUUACAUGGGGGAGGAGAAGCUCAUCGCAUCUGUGGCUGGUUCUGUGGAGAGAGUAAACAAGCUGAUCUGUGUGAAAGCUUUGAAAACCAGAUAUAAUGGUGAAGUAGGAGACAUUGUCGUGGGGAGAAUCACAGAGGUUCAACAGAAGAGGUGGAAGGUGGAGACCAACUCCAGGCUGGAUUCUGUCUUGCUUCUGUCGUCUAUGAACCUGCCUGGAGGAGAACUGAGGAGAAGGUCUGCGGAAGACGAACUGGCCAUGAGAGGCUUCUUGCAGGAGGGUGACCUCAUCAGCGCUGAGGUCCAGGCUGUGUUCUCAGAUGGAGCUGUGUCUCUGCACACAAGGAGCCUCAAAUAUGGAAAGCUAGGUCAGGGAGUUUUAGUCCAGGUUUCACCUUCCCUGGUGAAACGGCAAAAAACUCAUUUUCAUGACCUGCCAUGUGGUGCCUCAGUGAUUCUGGGCAACAACGGCUUCAUCUGGAUCUACCCAACACCCGAGCACAAAGAUGAGGAUGGUGGAGGCUUCGUUGCAAACCUGGAGCCUGUCUCCCUUGGUGAUCGAGAGGUAAUAUCCCGGCUCCGGAACUGCGUGGUCUUGCUGGUCACCCAGAGGAUGAUGCUGUAUGACACCAGCAUCCUGUACUGCUAUGAGGCCUCCCUUCCGCACCAGAUCAAAGACAUCUUAAAGCCAGAAAUAAUGGAGGAGAUUGUGCUGGAAACACGCCAGAGGCUUUUGGAGCAGGAAGGAUGAGGCCAGGCUCCUGAGGAUGGGGCUGUGCACCUCUCUGGGGCAGCUGGGAAUGAAGAGCAGCUGUGUGGCUCCCACAUGUGGCCCAGGGAGAAGCCGAAACGCAUCACUCACCUGCAGUGUAGCUGAGGCGGGCCUCUUCUGUUCCGAGACAAAGCUGGGGUGGGACUGAAUCCUGCAUUGGUACAAGGGGUGGUUACAGCCUUUCAGAGCACAGUGUCCCAGCCAGAUGACUUCUCAUCCUGGGGUAAUGUGGAGAGUCCAUGUCUUCCAGUCACCAUAAUCCAUGCCGUACAGUGUCCCACGAAACCGCCCUGAUAGAAAGCAUGGCGGCUGCGGAUAUGGCUCAGGGGCAGAGGACUUGCCUCGCUUGUGUAAGGUCCUGGGUUCGGUUCCCCAGUCCAAGAGAGAAAGAGAGAAGACGCGGCAUCACCAGCCCCCAAGUGGUCUGCCUUGGCUUCUACUCCACCUCCUUUAAAGCGGAAUUCUGUGGUUAGAGAGUAGAGGGUAAAGUUAGGCCAGCAGCCAAAUGGCCUUAAGCAUAAAGAGAACCAAAUGGCCUUUGCCUGCUUUAAUUUCGCUUUCCACUGUGUGCGCCUUCUGGUGGAAGGUUUGAGGGUUCCGUACCUUACACUGCCCCAUCCUGCCUGACAGCAUGGUUUGUAAGAAGCUGGGCUAUUGUCAAUAAUGGAGAGAAUGAAUGUCUGUCUUUUUGAUGCUCUGAUAAGCAAAGAAAACAGAAAAAUGGAGGUGGGAAAGCCAUGCUGUUUUCCUUGUAUAACCUAAGUAGUGACCUUUGCAUAAUUGAGAGAAGCUAAAAACAAGGUGCCUGAGUCUCCACUGAGCCUGUGGAUUCCUAUGCUUUGUUUUCCUGAUGACUGGGAAAUGGUGCUCUGCCCAGUGUGGGAGUGCGGCCUGCAAGCCCAAGGACAGAGGCAGGAGUCUGAGGCCAACCUGGGCUAUGUAGUGAGACUGUCUCACCAAACAAAAUAAAAGGUGGUGCUCUGAUUUUAA